CAGCAUCUUCUCGUGCGUUGUCUCCUCAACCACAUGGCCCCUCUCUCUGGACAUCUCACACACACAGCGUGACGGAAGGAUUCCCUUGUUCGCUUUGCCUACACCUCGUGUUGCACGGGAAAACCCUUGGCGCAACCACAGGGAUAACCAAACUGCAACUUCCGCCGCCGCAGCAGCAUGCCUCCUCCUGCAGCAUCAAGCGGCCGACAGCAGCAGCAGAGUCUGCGUGCCGGACCGCUCCUGUUCGUGGCGCUGGUGGCCGUCAACCUCUCGACUGCACCUCUGCUCGUUACGGCAAAAUCUCUGCCGCGCUCGAGAUGGGUGGCUGCGUCUUCGAAUGGAGGCAGCUUGCAUGACAGCAGCGCCUCCUCGAAUGCUCGAGCGGUAGCGGUUGGAGUGCGCUGCGGCGCGACCAGCAGCGGCAAGGAGGACGAGGGAGAGGAUACCGACGAGCCUCCCCGUUCGCCCUUGAGCGAGGGCGGCCUGGCGGCGACGGUGAAAGAAACCAUCUCCAAGUUGACGGGUGUGGUCCGGAGCUUGCUGGGGGGGAAGGGAAGCAAAAGCGGCGGCGCAGCAGGCGGCGGUACCAAGGCCAAAAAGUCGUCGAAAAGAAAACCGAACAGCAGUAGCGGCGGCUUCACGGAGGCGUUCGAGGCCAAGUACGGCAAGAGACACCCCAAAUUCAACGAGAAAUCGUUCGGCGACGCAACGGAGACCGCGUGGGGGCGCAACCGGCUGUGCUUGGUCUACAUCGCGGCCGAGAAAGGGAGCGGCGGCAAGGCGGCCAAGGUCGACGACGCCAUCUGCAAGGCCCUCGCAGACCCCGAGGUAGCCGAGUUCAUUGACUCGAGCUUCGUCAUGUGGGUCCCUGGGGGGAAGAGCUCCGCGCAGCGCGUGGCGGCUUCGGCGGCGGCGGCUAAGCGCGUAGGCGCGCGGUCCCUGCCCUUCCUCGGGGUGGUGAACAGCGCUUCGGAAACCGACAAGAUGACCCUGGAGAGGAAGCUCGAGCGGUCGACGGUGGCGAUGCACCACUGCAACCCCCCGCCCUCGGCGAGCCAGAUGGUGAGCUGGAUGGCUCGCGUACUGGAGCUCAAGAAGAACCUGCUAGAAGUCGAGCUCGCGGAGCAACAACGAUUAAAAGACGAAGACACCAUUUACACGGAGCGAGUGGAAGGGUACUCCAAGUCUCUCAAGGACGACGCUCUGCGGGAGGUGAGGGAGAGGGAGGAGGAGGCCGAACGGGCAAGGCUGGCGGAGGAGGAGAGGCUGGCGCAAGAGGUCCUUGAGGCGAAGCAACGGGAGGACGUGGAACGACGAGAAAAGAAGGCGGCGGAGCUGGGGCAAGAGCCGCCAGAGUCGGCCGUGAAGGGGGCUGAGGCCAAGGCGGCGACGCUCAUGCUGCGGCUCGCGGACGGCUCGCGGAUCCGGCGACGGUUCCUGAGGUCGGACCCCAUGGGGAAGGUGCUCGACUGGGCGGACGUGCAGGGGGUGGACCUAGACGCGCAGAGGUUAUCCUCUACAAUGCCAAAGGCGUCUUUCUCUCACCCCGGUGACUCGGGAAUGACGAUCGAGGAAGCCGGCCUAGGAAGGCAAGCGCUGUUGUUCGUGGAGCAGAAACCUAAGGGGGCCACGGGCGAUUCCGAUGGGACUGUGGAUGAGGCGGAAGCAGCAGCAGCAGCUGGCGACGAGGGCACAGAGCGAGAAUUAUAGCCACUUUUUUUAGGAGUUAGGAUUGACAAGCAGCAGGCGUUAUUUACAACGGGAAAGAUUCGUCGCCACCAUUUUGCGGGAUCUAAAAAUGAAUUCUUGGUUUGAGUAUUUCCUAUCUCAAGGAGACUUUUUUCGCCGUCUCCGUCCCUGAUACGAGAGGACACUCGCAUCUAGGCCUCGUGUGGUCGUAACAGACAACGCAUGCUUGUUGCCGCGGGCGUCUUGGCCAUUGUGUCGUUUUCCACUGGCCGGCAUCGUGCAGAGCGGAAGACUUCGCUUGCCUGGAAUGUCUGAAGCAGCCGGGUUUUGCGUAGUGGGAUGGGUUCUUGAUAGGGCGGGCGUUGCGCGUUUCACAGGGAAAACAUCGGACAUUCAAGGCUGUAGUACGCGCAUCGCGGCUGUAGAAAAAUUCGUUUGCGAUCCGCGCUGUGAAACGACAUGUGUCAAGGCUUGCCGGGAGAAUACGCUUGAUCCUGCACCCGCUACAUUCGCGAUUUUUCUGAGCUUCUUGGGUUUUUCGCCGCGCAAGGGAGAACUGGCCGCCCUGCUGGGUCAAUGAAAAAACAUCUCG